AUGCCUCGCGGCGCGGACCGAUACCUCGCGCGCGGUUCCGUCGAGGACGAUCCGAGAACGCGUCGAUCCGAGGAUCUGACGACCACGACCGCGACCGCGACCGCGACGCCGCCGCGCAUGGGGGCGAUGCCGGUCGCGCCGAACCCGUCGCGCGACGUCCCUCCCCUCGAAUCCCGCCCGCUCGAGGGGGGCGCGUCCUCGGGAAGCGACGACGAGACGCCGCGCUCGCCCGCGACGCCGCGUCGCGCGCGUCGUCUCGCGUCCGAUCGUCAGAUUAGCGCUCUCGAAGACGGAAACGGCAACGCGUCGUCGCAAAACGAUCCUCCUCCCGCGUCAGGGCCCGGCGGCGACGCGCGCGACGCCGCGGCCACGACAUCGCGACGCGCGCGAUGCGGCAGCGCCGCGAGCGUGGACUCCGUGAUCUCCUCCGUCGGCAGCGUCGGCAGCGGCUUCACGACGGAGGACGAAUGGACAGGCGGCGGCCUGUUCCCGGGCGCGCCGGGACUCGGCGGCGGGCUCAGGUGCGUUCUAUACACUGGUCCCCAUACGACCGCGUUCGCGUGGUGA